AGCGGCGCAGCUGUUGACGUCCCUGACCGUCUCUGUUAUGAGACGUAUUUUGUAAGGUUUCUGCUGUCGCCACUUGUUUGCCUUGCGGGCUACUUACAUAAGCUCGGGGCCGUCGACUAGGGGGUUAAAACACCUCCACUUUAGCACAGUUUGCAAGAGACGCCGCUGCCUUGGAGUGAGUUUUCACGACGUAAAAUGUUCCCAGCUGGCAGAUACUCAUGUAAAGCCCACAAAUGUAUCAGGGCAUUGACAGCAAUCCAGACGGAGCAUGCUGCCUCUCAGCUAUACCCAGCUAUUUACAGGAGGACAUGCUCUUCAGUGUCGACACCCCGCAUCACCACACACUACACCAUCCAUCCUCGAGACAAAGAUCAAAGAUGGGAAGGCGUCGAAAUGGAGAGAUUUGCCGACGAGGCAGAUGUGGUCAUAGUCGGUGGAGGCCCAGCCGGUCUUUCAGCAGCCAUUCGUCUUAAGCAGUUAGCCAACGAGCAUCAGAAGGAGCUCCGGGUGUGCCUUGUGGAGAAAGCCCCUCAGAUCGGAGGGCACACGUUGUCGGGAGCUUGUUUGGAGCCCUCUGCCCUCACCGAGCUCUUUCCUGACUGGAAGGAACGAGGAGCACCUCUGAACACUCCAGUGACUGAAGACGUGUUUAGUAUUUUUACAGAGAAAUACAGAAUCCCUGUCCCGAUACUGCCAGGCCUGCCCAUGCAGAACCACGGUAACUACCUUGUGAGGCUGGGAAACUUUGUGCGCUGGCUGGGUGAGCAGGCCGAGGAGCUCGGAGUGGAGCUCUACCCUGGUUACGCUGCAGCUGAGGUUUUAUUUCAUGAAGAUGGAAGCGUGAAAGGCAUUGCCACCAAUGACGUCGGCAUUUCCAAGGAUGGCUCACCGAAGGAUGUUUUUGAGAGAGGAAUGGAGCUGCACGCUAAAGUCACACUGUUUGGCGAGGGUUGCCAUGGCCACUUGGCCAAGCAGCUCUAUAAGCAGUUUAACCUGCGGGAGAACUGCGAGCCUCAGACGUACGCCAUCGGCCUGAAGGAGCUUUGGAUGAUUGAUGAGAAGAAGUGGAAGCCUGGAAGAACGGAGCACUCGGUGGGCUGGCCUCUGGACAGAUGCACAUAUGGAGGAUCCUUCCUGUAUCACCUCAACGAAGGAGAGCCUCUAGUAGCCCUGGGAUUAGUGGUUGGCCUGGACUACUCCAACCCUUACUUGAGCCCCUUCAGGGAGUUCCAGCGCUGGAAACAUCACCCCUUUGUAGCUUCCACGCUGGAAGGAGGAGAGAGAAUCGCUUAUGGAGCCCGAGCCUUAAAUGAAGGAGGAUUUCAGUCCAUCCCAAAGCUGACGUUUCCUGGAGGGCUGCUGAUUGGCUGCAGCCCCGGUUUCAUGAACGUCCCAAAGAUCAAAGGCACCCACACCGCCAUGAAGAGCGGCAUGCUGGCCGCCGAGGCCAUUUUCCCAGAAGUCACAGCAGAGAAUCUGGACUCUGAGACGGCAGGAAUCCAUGUACCCAAGUAUGCCGAGGACUUGAAGAAGUCCUGGGUGUGGAAGGAGCUGCACUCGGUGAGGAACAUCCGGCCGUCCUUCCACAAUUACUUCGGCCUCUACGGCGGGAUGGUCUACACCGGGAUCUUCUAUUGGAUGUUGAGAGGAAAAGAGCCCUGGACACUAAAACACGCAGGCUUGGACGCACACCAGCUCAAACCGGCUAAAGAGUGUAAGCCCAUCGACUACCCCAAGCCCGACGGCAAGCUGAGCUUUGAUCUGCUCUCCUCCGUGGCCCUGAGUGGCACCAACCACGAAGGCGACCAGCCUGCACAUCUCACCUUGAAGGACGACGCCGUCCCCGUCGCCACCAACCUGGCCAUUUACGACGGGCCGGAGCAGCGUUUCUGCCCCGCAGGGGUGUACGAGUACGUUCCCGUGGAAACAGGAGACGGGAUGAGACUGCAGAUAAACGCUCAGAACUGUGUCCACUGUAAGACCUGCGAUAUCAAGGACCCGAGCCAGAACAUCAACUGGGUCGUGCCUGAGGGCGGCGGCGGACCGGCAUACAACGGAAUGUAAACAUCCUCAUUUAAACUGGUUAUCUUGAAAAUAAAUCAAGUACACCCAUUCAGGGUUACACUACUUGCCAGAGGUAUGUGCCUAAGUUUCAGACUUAAACUACGUAGCUGCUUGAGGGUACAAGAAACGUUAAUUCUUGAAAUAUAGAUUAAAGUAUUGUGCUUGCCAGUUUUGAAGCCCAUGGACACUGGACCGUGUCAAACUGGAGCACAAACCGGCUGAUUGUAUAUCACUUCAAUCAGGGCAUUUUACAAAGCAUAAAGAGUGGCUCUUAUUUUUAGGUUUUUAAGAGGAAGCACUUGACCAACCGCAGGAGUAAAUCUAUUCCUCUUGAUCAUGUUUUUGAGCAACCUGUAAAAUUAUCGAAGCAUUAUUGCCGGCGUGGUUUGAGAGCGUUUAACAAUGUAUAUAUAUUAAAUGCAGAUGUGACAGUAGUGAAUAAAGAACACUUAAUGGUU